AUGCCCCCGUACUACUCCCACGGUCUUGGUGGGCCACCUAUGCUCACAUACAAAGAGCAAGAGGACUUCUUCGACGACAAGUCCCGCGCACAGAUCAGAACGGACUUCGACGCCAAGUGCUUUCUGUGCAAGAUCACCCUGAAGCGCGACGAGGAGCACUUCGUACCCCUGAUUGACGGAGUCCGCACGUUCAACGCGUGCGUGCGUGGUCUGUGUACCCGCGCGCUCGACUUCCACGACGCCGCUAACGGUUUAUACGCGUGCCAGGCAUGUUUUCGCUUGUACACGACCACGGACGACGUGCAGCGCAAAUUUGUCCUAAUGCCAUGCAUACCUCUCAUGCUGUAUGCCCUACAUGUCAUCAAUAAUGCUCUCGACGAGGCAUCGCGGGCGCAAACUCUGGAUAUGGUAUUUGCAGACCUCGAAAGGGAUUUAAGCUCGACGCCCGAACGUCGCCGCGCAGCCCCUUUCAUCCAUUGUUAUCAACUCCACCCACUCAAACCUCCUCGUGCAGAUUGUACUCCCAACUCUUCCACACUUCUAGUAACAGCAUCCUCAACCACAUACCUCAUUUACGAUCAGGAUCCAGCCAAUCUUGACCCGCAGAUUGCUAAUACUACCCGAUACUGCAUCAUCGAACACUGCAGGAGAUCCGGCUCCAUGCACGCGCCCUCGAGGCUCGUUCAUUUCUAUGAUCAACACUCUCGAGGCAAUAUACCGCUUUGGCGCAUCCCCAUGCGUUCGCCGGGGCUGUUCUUCGGGAACGCCGACGCCGCUAUGGUGGACAAGCCUGCCAAUCCCGAACUUUACCAAGUCUUCUACAAGCUCCAGUACGCGUUGAUUUACAAACGGGGUCUCCCACGCAAUUACGUUCCAGAAGGCGGGUAUAAGUGCUGGGACGACUUCGAGAAUGAUGAUGAUGAUGGCUGA